AGGAGCGGCUUGUGUCCGGGGCCGGCACCAUGAGCUUGUCCCUGAGGAAUGAACUUUCAGUAGACAAAACUAAAAGGAAAAAAAGAAGAGAACUCACAGAAGAACAGAAGCAGGAAAUUAAAGAUGCCUUUGAGUUGUUUGAUACAGACAAAGAUAGAGCAAUAAAUUAUCAUGAAUUAAAGGUGGCAAUGAGAGCCUUGGGUUUUGAUGUGAAAAAAGCUGAUGUACUGAAAAUACUCAAAGAUUAUGAUCGAGAAGCAACAGGCAAGAUCACAUUUGAUGAUUUUAAUGAAGUUGUGACAGACUGGAUAUUGGACAGAGAUCCCCAAGAAGAAAUACUCAAGGCUUUCAAACUAUUUGACGAUGAUGACUCUGGUAAAAUAAGUCUGAGAAACUUGCGCAGGGUUGCAAGAGAACUUGGUGAAAAUAUGACUGAUGAAGAAUUGAGGGCUAUGAUUGAAGAAUUUGAUAAGGAUGGAGAUGGAGAAAUCAAUCAGGAAGAAUUCAUUGCUAUUAUGACUGGAGAUAUUUAACAUCGUUAGGAGAAGAAAUGAAUUCAACACAGAGAGGAAUCAUUGGCAGCUGCCUUUACAAUAUUUUGUAUUUCUGGUCAGAUCUGUAGCUGGAGUCAUGCAGAAAAUMAUUCCUUCACAAGACCAAAAGAAACACAAUUUUUAUGUACUAAUACUUCAGUAUUUUGUAUCAUUAAAUAAURACUAGAAUAAUUGCUACUUCAUUUUAGAGUAAGUAAUGAUAUGUUUCCAGAUGUUUGAAUACUCAUUUGUAAAAUAGCUUUGUACAAGAUUUCUAAAUUAAAUCAUAUUAUCAUAUUUUGAAGUUGACUUUAUGUUAGCAUUAGCUGUGGCCUUAGUUUUGRUAUAAAAGGUUUGAUAAACUUCCA